AUGGCUGCUUCCCAUUGCUCCAUGAGAGGAGCUGUGGGAGUAAUCUUCCUCAGAUUCUCUAAUGGCGUCUCUUCCAGAUCCAUUCUCAACCCCAGAAGAAACCAUCAUACUCUUCUUCUUACCAUGAGGAAUUGGAACUCUCUCUCUUCAAUCUCGCCCCACACUACUUCUUUUUCGCCUCUCACGGACCAGAACUCCACCAAAAGUCAAGUCAGAAAGAUUUGGGUUUCCUCUCCUCUUUGUAUGGGUCGUCGCUCUUCCAAGAUCGCUGGCCGAAAGGGGGCUCAAGAUUUAAAGAAGGCGAAGCUAUACUGUAGAAUUGGCAAGGAGGUUGUAUCUGCUGUCAAGAAAGGGGGUCCAAACCCAGUUUCAAAUACUGCUCUAGCGACCAUACUUGAUAAAGCAAAGGUACUAGAUGUACCCAAGGACAUUGUGGAGCGUAAUAUUAAAAAGGCUUCUGAGAAGGGGCAAGAAGCUUUUAUGGAGAAGAUUUACGAGGUAUAUGGCUAUGGUGGAGUUAGUAUGGUAGUCGAAGUCUUAACAGACAAAAUCAAUCGAUCAGUGGCAGCUGUUAGAUCGGUUGUUAAGGAUUAUGGGGGAAAAAUGGCUGAUUCAGGAUCUGUCAUGUUCAAGUUUAGACGAGUUAGGGUAGUGAAUAUAAAGGUCACCGAAGCUGACAAAGAUCAGCUCCUUAUUAUUGCUUUAGAUGCUGGAGCAGAGGAUGUUAUUGAGCCCCCAACUUAUGAAGAUGAUACUGAUGAAGAUAGGGAAGAAAGGUACUACAAAAUUGUAACUUCUUCUGAGAACUACUCAACGAUUUUGUCAAAGCUGCGUGAUGAAGGAGUGAACUUUGAGCCUGACAAUGGCUCUGAACUGCUCCCUCUGGCUACGGUUGAGGUGGAUGAUGAGGCAAUGGAAUUGAACAAAGAGCUUAUGCAGAAACUACUUGAACUGGAUGAUGUUGACGCUGUUUAUAUCGACCAAAAAUGA